GCUCUCAAGGCAGUCUCUCUCUCUCUCUCUCUCUCUCUCCCUCUCUCUCUCCUCAAAGGCUGUUCCACAGUGAAAAUAUGCUCAGUGCAGUUGAGUGCAUGAAUGAAAAAGCCUCCAGUAUCUUCUAGGCUAGCAAAAUGCACCACAAGGCUCAACUUACCUUGGCUUUCCUCCUGUCCCAGGUGCUGCUGCAUGUGUUCACGGAAGAUUUAGAAUGCAUCCCUGGAUUUCAACAAAAGGUUUUUCAUAUUGAACACCCGUCUGCAUUCAUGGCGGACCAGCCGAUUCUGAAUUUGGUAUUUGAUGAUUGUCAAGGAAAUCACAAAUUGAACUUUGAAGUUUCAAACCCUGGCUUCAAGGUGGAACCAAAUGGGGUUUUAGUUGCACUGAGAAAUUUAUCGGACACUGGCAGAACCUUAUUCAUUCAUGCCCGGUCAGCGCAGGCUGAAGAUACAGCAGAAGUAUUGCUUGUCGACAGAAAAGAGAAACAAGGUUCUUUAAAGGAAAUCUUUAAGGCAGAAGGCAGCCUUGGAAUUGUAAGGCAAAGAAGGUCCAUUGUGGCAACUCCAAUCUUAAUUCCUGAAAACCAGAGAUCUCCAUUUCCAAGGCCCGUGGGCAGGGUGGUAGACAAUGACAGACCAGAGGGCUCCAAAUUUCGGAUUUUUGGGAAAGGUGUGGACCAGGAGCCAAAGGGAUUUUUCAAAAUUGUUGAGAGCACAGGAGAGGUCCUUGUGACACGGUCCCUUGACAGAGAAGCAAUGGCCACAUACCAGUUCCAGGUGGAGAUCACUGAUGCCAGUGGCAAAACCAUAGAAGGCCCAGUCCCUCUACAUAUCAUCAUUAUUGACCAGAAUGACAACAGGCCUCUCUUCCGGGGUUACAUCGGGCAUGUCAUGGAGGGGUCUCCAACAGGAAGUACUGUGAUGCGUGUGACUGCCUUCGAUGCUGAUGAUCCAGCUACAGACAAUGCUCUGCUGAGGUAUAAUAUCCUUAAGCAGACCCCGGACAAGCCAUCCCCAAACAUGUUCUAUAUUGACCCGGAGAAAGGAGACAUUGUCACUGUUGUGUCGCCAGUGCUGUUGGACCGUGAAACAAUGGAGAAUCCGAAAUACGAGCUCAUCAUAGAAGCAAAAGACAUGGGGGGCAUGGAUGUUGGGUUAACUGGCACUGCCACAGCAACCAUUGUCGUUGAUGACAAAAAUGACCAUGCACCGGAAUUCACCAGGAAAGAGUUCCAAGCUACGGUGAAGGAAGGCAGCACGGGCGUGAUUGUCAAUCUGACUGUGGAGGAUCGGGAUGACCCAGCAACAGGAGCGUGGAGAGCGGUUUAUACCAUCAUCAAUGGCAACCCAGGACAGAGCUUUGAAAUCCAUACGAACCCCAAGAACAAUGAAGGGAUGCUGUCAGUUGUCAAGCCUUUGGACUGUGAGAUUUCAGCUUUCCACACACUCCUGAUCAAAGUAGAAAAUGAAGAUCCAUUAGUUCCAGACAUAGCAUAUGACACCAGUUCCACAGCAACUGUUCAGAUCACAGUUCUGGAUGUCAAUGAAGCCCCUGUUUUCCACCCAGACCCAAUGACUAUCACCAAACAAGAAAAUAUCCCCAUUGGCAGUGUUGUGUUAACGGUCAAUGCCACAGAUCCAGACACCUUGCAACAUCAGACUAUAAGGUACUCCAUUAACAAAGAUCCAGCUGAAUGGUUGGAAAUUGACCCUACGAAUGGCACAAUUCGCACCAGGGGUGUCCUUGAUCGUGAAUCACCAUUUGUUAUCAACAAUGUGUACACUGCACACUUACUGGCAAUAGAUAAUGGUAGCCCUCCUGCAACAGGGACAGGGACACUGCAGAUUACUUUGGAAGAUGUUAACGACAACGCCCCCUCUCUCUAUCAAGCGGUUUCAUCUGUCUGUGAAGAUGUGAAAGAUGUGAAGGUCAUCUUUGGAGCCUUAGACAAAGAUAUUCAUCCUAAUGCCGAACCAUUUAAAUUUGAGUUGAGCAAGCAGUCUGGACAAGAUAAAGUAUGGAAAAUCACAAGAAUCAACAACACCCACGCCCAGCUCAUUCUGCCACAAAAUUUGAAGAAGGCGAACUACAACAUCCCCAUCUUGGUGACCGACUCGGGGAAACCGCCUCUAAUUAACAAUACAGAACUGAAAAUCCAAGUGUGCUCCUGCACAAAAUACAAAAUGGACUGCAGCGCAUCUUCAACCCUUCACCUCAGCAUGGUCCUCUUCUUCAUUUCACUCUUCAGUUUAUAUUGUCUGUAAGAACUCCUGGCUGACAUCUGAAGCUGACAUUAUUGAGUUGCCAUGGUGACAAGCAAGCAAAGGAUAUGCCAUCCAAGUCAGAAGAUCACCUUUGACUCUUACGAUUCCUUCACUCCUAAGCCUCAGUCGUGCCAAAUGUGGCACUUUGCAACUUCACACUCUCUGUCCUCCCAGCUGCACGAUAAGUUUCUGACAAAAAAAAAAAAAAACCUCCUGCCUCAGUCUGGCUUUACCAAUGGGUUCCUCGCCCAAGAAGACGGACGGUUGAUGUAGCUGCUCGCCGAACGGUUACAAAAUAAAAAUAGAAACACCACAUAAAUCUGAUCUUCUGGGAGCAGAAUUACAGAAUGACUCCACCUCCCCUCUGUCUCUGUUGACUUGUUGCUAUUCAACUGUUUUAAAAAAAAUUGUCUGUGGGUUAGUAUUUGUAUAUGUAUGAGUGUAUGUAUAUGUAUAUAUAUUUAUAUAGAGAGAAGAGAUAUACAAUAGGGUUAGCUUUUGUAUGGCAUUUGCCUUAGGCUCAUGGUCAAUGGAGCAGAGCAGCACAAAGGCUUGGUAACAGAUCAACAUACCAAUAAUAGCUUAACAUGCUGUGUAAGCUGCAUAUAGAAGGGGAGAUCCAAUAUUAGUCAUACUCAGAGUAGACACAUUGAAUCAAUGCACCUGAGUUACUUAAGUUCCACUGGUCACAGUGGGUCUACUCUGAAGUACGACCAAAAGAAAACAAAAUGUGUUGGUACCAUGAGAAAUGACCACCUUGGUGGCACUUCCAUAAGAAAAGAAGUCUGGUACCACUCUCCAAAAGAUAAGGUACCUUUUGUUAAUUCAUCCUUCCUGUUCACAUCCAAGAAUAUUUUACUCUUUCAGCUUGCUUUGGAAGGUGAGGAAAAAGUAACACUUAACCGUGUUUUAGGGAAAAGAAAGUAGCUCUUGCUGAUGGAUCAUCUAUUUAGAUAUUUCUGGUUUUUUUUUAAAAAAAAAUCUAUUUUAUAUCCUGCCCCUCCUUCCCAAAGAGAGCACUGGGCAGAAAAUUAUUAAAAGUAAACAUCUGUUUAAAAAACAAAUAAUAAAACAUCAAUGACAUUUUGAUAGAGAAUCAAAUGAUAUCUCCUUAACACCAAUCAUCUCUUCAAAGGCCUGAACAAAUAGGUGAGUUUUAAAUUUGUGCCUGAACAUAGGUAGAGUGGGGACAACCCAAUUUCAUCUGGAAGGGAGUUCCACAGGCAGAGUGCCAACACUGAGAACUCCUUUAGUGAGGCAGCCAACCUCUUGUAACUACCGUUUCAGAUGGUAGGUUCACAUGAUGGAAAAUUCCAAUGUGGAAAAAGGAUACUUCAAUAAAGAAUAAUAACACAACAGGGAGAAAGAGCUCUAGCCCAGCCUUUCCACCUUGACAUGGGUUGUUUUUUGGAUGUGAGAAUAUUCCCUGCAUCGAGUACCAUUCCAUCAUGUGAAAUGCCCCCCCCCAAAAAAAAACUCCAGUGUGAAGUAGUAUAGCCCAUACACAGGUUCUCCAUCUCACUAAGAAUGAGGUCUCCAUGUUUGUGCAUGACAAGAGGCCACACAAAAACACAUACCCUGAUUAUUUGGAACAUUGCCCAAUUGCCCCUGGAGCAAGCAGGAUGAACAAAUCAGGAAGGCUUGAUUUCUCACACCAUCCAAACAAGGGAUUAUACCGGUAGUUUGUUGCUCUCUAACAAUCUGCAACCCAUAAACCAACAGCAAACCACGUCUUAAAUGUUAGCUAGUGAUCAUGGCUGGGGGGAACGGGAUCCAAAACCCCAGGCUCAGAAGUAAUGGGAUGCCAAGGCUUACGGAUUUGAUUCUUCCUCUCAGCAAUGCAGGAAUCAUCAUUCUCAAUAAACAACAAUAAGCCACAAAUGCUGGCUUAUCAUUACAACUGAACACAGCCUGUGUGUCAAUUAUAAAUAAGAGAUCGGAAGGUGUGCCCUUUGACUUUGCUAUGGGCAAAAAAACUGAUGCUAUCAUCUAGCAUUUUCACCUUCAGAUAAUUUACAAUGAAAACACUUGAGAAUUCAGUGGUUGGGCACCAGGCGGUCAUCAGCUUUAGGGGUGGGGGAGUCUGUAGCGUCUUUCAAAUUCAUGCCUAUGAGAACACCUAUCGAGAUUUCCCAUUGGUGGCCCUUUUUAAAGAAAAGUUCCUCAACAUCCUAUUAAUAACCAGUUCUCUCAAUGCCUUUGGAAGCUAGCUCUCAUUAAAGUGGCACCUGAGCACACCUAGUGGGGUGGGGGGAAAGUUGUUAUAUAAAUAUAUACAUAUAUAUAAAAUUUGUUUUGAAUAUAGUAUAUAUACAUACAUACACAGGUACACACACAGUUUAAAUGAAAACUAACAAUGAAAACUCCCUCUUUUUCCCCUCUUUCUUUUGGUCCGUGCAAAAUAACCACACUUGUUUGCAAACUGUAGGAAUAAAGGGUGUUCAUUAUGUAUGAAUAUGAAUCCUUUUUUAAAGGGGAGGGGGAGUAUUAUUUGGUGAGCAUGUAAGGAAAUGGCAAAGUUCUAAUUGUACCAAGACAUCCAUCUUGUUAAUAAAUUGUAAAUGAUCCACAAAGCUCACACCAAAUUUUUUUAUAACAAAGGAAAUAUCAGUUUUAAAAAAACAAAGACGUAUAUUAAAUUGACAGACUGUGGCUUUUAAUAGAAUUUGACAGUAACUAGGGGUAAGGUAAGUGUCUUAGACUCUUUUAAUAAAGUUGCCUAUUUAAAGUUUGAAUUGCAGAGCUUUCUUAUGCAAGAGAAUGUUGCAGCUGUAUAUUUUGGGUUGGAUUUGAACAAAAACCUACACACCAUGCUGUAUGUUUAAACGUUACCUUCUAUGUCAUACCUCUGUUCCUACGGUAGCUUUUUAUGAAUCAUUAAAGAAAUCCAACCG